UUAUCUUCGUUUCUUUGUCAGCUCAUUUCGUGAGACUCUUGUUUUCCUUGACUCGGAAUCCCACCUCCACUUUCUUCUACAGUGAAUCAUACCAAAGAUUCUCGCUUUUCUCUCCUCUCUUUCUACUCGAUUUCUUUUUUCUCUCUAUUUCCCUCUUUUGUGAUUAUUAAAAACACUUUCUAAAACCGCCCACAACAAUUUCCUCCCUCGGUCACCUUUUGAUUCUUUUCUUUCCUUCAAAUCUUUCCAAACUCAAAUCCCAACUUUAAAUUUCAUAUCCCACCUCCCUCAGCCUCAGAUUCUCGUAAAUUCACCCCAAAGUUUUCUUCUUUUUUUAUUUUACACCCUUUUGAUUCUAGCACACAAAUAAUUUUGUACAAAAUUCUUUACUGUGAGUUAGUUUGUGAGUCCAAAAAAUGGAGAAGUACGAGCUCGUAAAGGACAUAGGAUCUGGGAAUUUUGGUGUGGCCAGGCUCAUGAGGAACAAGAACACCAAAGAGCUUGUUGCCAUGAAGUACAUCGAGCGUGGUCGCAAGAUUGAUGAGAAUGUGGCCAGGGAGAUUAUUAACCACAGAUCACUUCGCCACCCUAACAUUAUUCGCUUCAAGGAGGUGGUUUUGACCCGCACACAUUUGGCAAUUGUGAUGGAGUAUGCUGCUGGUGGUGAGCUAUUUGAGAGAAUUUGCAAUGCGGGAAGGUUCAGUGAAGAUGAGGCCAGGUAUUUUUUCCAGCAGCUUAUCUCAGGAGUCAGCUACUGUCAUUCAAUGCAAAUAUGCCAUAGAGAUUUGAAAUUGGAAAAUACAUUGUUGGAUGGAAGCCCAGCACCACGCCUGAAAAUCUGUGAUUUUGGUUACUCAAAGUCAUCUUUGCUGCAUUCAAGGCCCAAAUCAACUGUUGGCACUCCAGCAUAUAUUGCACCAGAGGUUCUUUCCCGACGAGAAUAUGAUGGCAAGUUGGCGGAUGUAUGGUCAUGUGGAGUGACUCUUUAUGUUAUGCUGGUGGGAGCAUACCCAUUUGAGGACCAGCGGGAUCCAAGGAAUUUCAGGAAAACUAUUAAUAAAAUAAUGGCUGUCCAAUACAAGAUUCCUGAUUAUGUUCACAUAUCUCAAGAUUGUAAAAAUCUUCUCUCUCGCAUAUUUGUCGCAAAUCCAUCAAGGAGAAUCUCCAUUAAAGAGAUCAAGAACCAUCCGUGGUUUUUGAAGAACCUGCCAAGGGAGCUAACAGAGCCAGCUCAAGCCAUCUACUACCGAAAGGAAAAUCCAACUUUUUCCCUCCAAACCGUGGAAGAAAUCAUGAAAAUAGUUGAGGAAGCCAAAGUUCCACCUCCGGUUUCCCGAUCCAUCGGAGGAUUUGGCUGGGGAGGAGAAGAAGACGGUGAUGAGGAAGAAGAAGACACUGAUGCCGAGGAAGAAGAUGAGUAUGAGAAGAGAGUCAAGGAGGCACAAGCAAGUGGGGAAGUUAAUGUCAGUUAAAAAGAUUUACUUUAUAACCCUUGCAAUCAUGGAUGGUCUAGAAUUGUGCAAUUGGAGUGCCUGUACUUACCGCAUGGUUUCAAGUCUGUAUAAAUAGCUAGUUGUUUAGGAUCAUGUGUUCAAUAAAUGUUUGUAAGUUAGUUGCAUAUUGAUCAUGAAGCUUGAGUCUUUUUAUUUGUAAGAAGUGAUUAGUGUGUGUUUGGUACUUUAUCUUGGAAGCAUUAGGAUUUGAAGUUGAGUUUUGAGCGAGUUAAACUUAGAUUUAAGGAUUUUGUAUGAUUUUAGCUAUUGUGACAGGAAGAUGGUGUUAAUAUUGUAAGAAUAUUUAAUUAAAGUGGUUGGUUUGUAUGGAGUUUCAACCCUUAUCAAUUUGGAAUUUUGUUCUGGUG